AGAGACCGGAGGAUAGAGGUUGUUUAACGGGGAAUUCGUCAACGGGAACACGGGGACGUAUAACGGAGUUUCUAUUGUGUGACACACGGUGCUCGUGCGCGUGUUUCGUGCUCGGGGAGCUAUCACCGAGGGGGCCCUCGUCCACGGAAAGUUUCACCCCGGAACGAUCUCUCGGGGUUCUCGAACGUUUUCUUUUUAUUUAUUUUUUAUUUUUUAUUUUUUUUUUUGAAAAUUGAAGUCAUCGAAAGGCCAGGAAACGAAAGGAGGGAAAGAGAGCGCGGGGGCGCGCGAGAGAGAGGCGAGGCUGUGGUGUAACCACUGCUAAAGAGGAGCUUCGAUCGAGGAAAGGAGGGGGAGGGUGGGAGAGAGCGAGAGGAAAAGGCGAAGAGAGACAAAGAUGGGUCGUGCCUCGGCAACCUCCCCGCGAUCCUCUCUCUUCUUUCUCUCCUCUCGUGCUUUCUUUCCGCGUCGAACUCUCGCGGAAUCCGCGCGAAACAGUUCUUCCCAGUGAUCCGUUCUGUCAGUGUCGUUUCCAGGAAAGCGAGGAACCUCCUCGGCUCGGAAAAGCUCGUCCCUCCCUCUCCGUUUCUUUCUCCUUUCUACUCGGUACAUCUUCGUCUUCUCGGACCGGUCCAGCGAGCGGAACAUGUCGCGGCGGAAGAACCCAAAGCGGAGGACGGACAAUCUAGACGACUUGAAGCAGGAGUUGGACAUUGACUUCCACAAAAUCACACCCGAGGAACUGUAUCAAAGAUUUCAAACGCACCCCGAAAACGGCCUCAGCCACGCGAAGGCAAAGGAGAACCUCGAGAGGGACGGGCCGAAUGCGUUGACGCCGCCGAAACAGACACCGGAAUGGGUAAAAUUCUGCAAGAAUCUGUUCGGCGGUUUCGCGUUGUUGCUGUGGAUCGGCGCGAUCCUUUGCUUCAUCGCGUACUCGAUCCAAGCGUCCACCAGCGAGGAUCCCAACGACGACAAUCUGUACCUGGGCGUGGUGUUGUCAGCGGUGGUCAUAGUGACGGGCAUAUUCUCGUAUUAUCAAGAGAGCAAGUCGAGCAGAAUCAUGGAAUCGUUCAAGAACAUGGUGCCUCAGUACGCGACCGUGAUCAGAGAGGGCGAGAAAAUGACGCUGAAAGCGGAGGAAUUGGUGCUCGGGGACGUGGUCGACGUGAAGUUCGGCGAUCGUAUACCAGCUGACAUCCGUAUCAUCGAGUCGCGAGGAUUCAAAGUGGACAACAGCUCGCUCACCGGAGAAUCCGAGCCUCAGUCGAGGUCUUCGGAGUUCACGCACGAGAACCCGUUAGAAACAAAAAAUCUCGCGUUCUUCUCGACGAAUGCAGUUGAAGGUACCGCGAAAGGGGUCGUGAUCUGCUGCGGUGAUCAGACAGUGAUGGGAAGGAUCGCUGGGUUGGCGUCCGGUCUGGACACGGGAGAGACCCCGAUCGCCAAGGAAAUUCACCACUUCAUCCAUCUGAUCACUGGCGUGGCCGUGUUCCUUGGCGUGACGUUCUUCCUAAUCGCGUUCAUUCUCGGCUACCAUUGGCUGGACGCCGUCAUCUUCCUCAUCGGUAUCAUCGUCGCCAACGUGCCGGAAGGUUUGCUCGCGACCGUAACCGUGUGCUUGACGUUGACCGCCAAGAGAAUGGCAUCGAAGAACUGUCUGGUGAAGAAUCUGGAGGCCGUCGAAACGUUGGGUUCCACGUCGACCAUCUGCUCGGACAAGACCGGCACGCUCACACAGAACCGUAUGACCGUAGCUCACAUGUGGUUCGACAACCAGAUCAUCGAGGCCGACACCACGGAGGACCAGUCCGGACUCCAGUACGAUCGCACCAGUCCAGGAUUCAAAGCAUUGGCCAAGAUCGCGACUCUUUGCAACCGUGCCGAGUUCAAAGCCGGCCAGGAGAGCGAACCGAUCCUAAAGAGGGAAGUGAACGGCGACGCCUCGGAGGCCGCCUUGUUGAAGUGCAUGGAACUCGCUCUCGGCGACGUGAUGGGCAUCAGGAAACGCAACAAGAAGGUCUGCGAGAUCCCCUUCAACUCUACCAAUAAAUAUCAAGUGUCCAUACACGAGUCGGACAACCCUGACGAUCCCAGACACUUGCUCGUGAUGAAGGGAGCGCCCGAGAGGAUCCUGGACCGUUGCACGACCAUCUUCAUCGGUGGCAAGGAGAAGGUGCUCGACGAGGAGAUGAAGGAAGCGUUUAAUAACGCCUAUCUCGAGUUGGGAGGUCUCGGCGAACGUGUCCUCGGUUUCUGCGACUUCACGCUGCCAUCCGACAAGUUCCCCAUCGGCUUCAAGUUCAACUGCGACGACCCCAACUUCCCGGUCGACGGACUCCGUUUCGUGGGCCUCAUGUCUAUGAUCGACCCGCCCAGGGCUGCGGUGCCUGAUGCGGUCGCCAAGUGCCGUUCCGCCGGCAUCAAGGUCAUCAUGGUAACCGGUGACCAUCCGAUCACUGCCAAAGCCAUUGCCAAAUCCGUCGGCAUCAUCUCUGAAGGUAACGAAACCGUCGAGGACAUUGCCCAACGGUUGAAUAUCCCGGUAUCCGAAGUAAAUCCUCGCGAGGCCAAGGCUGCCGUCAUUCACGGAACCGAUCUCAGGGAACUGAACUCCGACCAACUGGACGAGGUUCUCAGGUACCACACCGAAAUUGUGUUCGCCCGUACCUCGCCGCAACAGAAGCUCAUUAUCGUCGAAGGCUGCCAGCGAAUGGGCGCUAUCGUCGCCGUAACUGGUGACGGUGUAAACGAUUCGCCCGCUUUGAAGAAGGCCGACAUCGGCGUGGCCAUGGGUAUCGCCGGCUCGGACGUGUCUAAGCAAGCUGCCGACAUGAUACUGCUGGACGACAACUUCGCCUCGAUCGUGACAGGCGUCGAGGAGGGUCGUCUGAUCUUCGACAACCUGAAAAAGUCCAUCGCGUACACCCUGACCUCGAACAUACCCGAAAUCUCACCCUUCCUGGCGUUCAUCCUCUGCGACAUUCCUCUGCCCCUUGGUACCGUCACCAUUCUCUGCAUUGACUUGGGAACGGACAUGGUGCCGGCCAUCUCGCUAGCUUACGAGGCACCGGAGUCGGACAUUAUGAAACGGCAGCCCCGCGAUCCUUACAGAGACAAUCUUGUCAACCGAAGGCUUAUUUCGAUGGCGUACGGUCAGAUCGGUAUGAUCCAAGCUGCGGCCGGUUUCUUCGUCUACUUCGUGAUCAUGGCUGAAAACGGAUUCCUGCCCCUGUAUCUUUUCGGUAUCCGAAAACAGUGGGACUCGAAGGCUAUCAACGAUCUCCGCGACAGCUACGGUCAGGAAUGGACAUACAGGGAUCGCAAGACACUGGAAUUCACCUGCCACACGGCCUUCUUCGUCUCCAUCGUGAUCGUACAGUGGGCUGACUUGAUCGUCUGUAAGACGCGACGUAACUCCAUCAUUCACCAGGGAAUGAGAAACUGGGCCCUGAACUUUGGCCUGGUGUUCGAGACUGCCCUCGCCGCGUUCCUAAGCUACACGCCCGGCAUGGACAAAGGUCUCCGCAUGUUCCCUCUCAAGUUCGUCUGGUGGCUGCCUGCCCUUCCCUUCAUGUUCGCCAUCUUCAUCUACGACGAGACGAGACGAUUCUACCUCCGUCGAUAUCCAGGAGGCUGGCUCGAGCAAGAAACUUACUAUUAGACGCAAAAAGGAGAAUUAAUCAUACACGCAGAGCGCGCGCGCAAGAGUAAGAGCGAGAGUAGCAGAGAGAAUGAUGAGAGAGAGAAUGAGACGCAUACCCACGCAAAAUAUACACCGAAAAUAAUAAUAAUAAUACUAAUUAAUAAUAAUUAACAAAAGAAACCAAAAAAAAAAAAAUGAAGAAGAAGAAGAAGAUGAUGAAGCCAAGAAGGUAAAAAAUCACUCACGUUAAAGAAACACAUAUACAUUUUACACGGGGCGUGCUAUUCGGGUCUAUCCGUACUGUCGCGAGAUCACGAGAUUAAUCAUUGGGGACUAUGCCGGACGGUGGACGAAGUAUGUUCGCAUCCGUCGAACGGAUCGACGAUCGAUCCAGGAUGCGGAGUGCGUCGUGCACGACCGGUCGAGGUUAACAAUGUGUACAAAAAAAAAAAAAAGAGAGAGAUGCUUUCCCUCCUCGUAGGCGGGAAGGUGAUACAGAUGAAAACAAUGAAAAACCUGUAAAAGAAGAAACGAUACAAAAGGCAUUACGAUGUAACGAAGCACGUUCGUCGUUCUGACUCUGCGAGUUGCUUGCACGCGCGUGCCGGUGUAUCGUUACCAAUAUGGCCGUCGUUCGAGAAACAUCGAAAUGAUCGACGAACAGGGGUACUACGAGCAACGUCAGUCGAGAAGCUUCCGAAGCUUCCGGGUACACGCCCGAUAUGCUAUCCGAAGGUCGUAGGUGUGUCGGUGCUGCCAUCGCAUUUUCAAACGAAAACCAGAGCUGGACCGAUCGAGCGAAGAGCAAGGGCCUAAACGAAUACGCGAACAGAGGGUAUAUCGGGAUGGUACGUUCGAGCGAAGGGCACCCGCGAACCUUUGGGCGAGGAUGGCGACGAGGAUGGCCGACAGAUCGACGGAUAACGCGCACGUCCGUAUGAACGUCGACGGGUGUACACGAUAAGAUCGUUUCAGGAUCAUUUAGACAUCUUGUGAUAUCGACAACUAUUCAUAGGCAUCCCUGUGUUAAAUAUCUAAACAAAACAAAAGAUCACUGCGCUAGAUUGCCACGUGCUUGUUAUAAAAGUUUUAAAACAGAGCAAACAAUAGAGAGACGCUGAAGAUGCAAACCUAGAUGGAAAGUAAGGAGUAACCGAGUAUCCGUGCUACCGGACGGAGACGUCUCGUGACAACCAAGAGUCUCGAGUAGACGAUUAACCGAUAAUUAAUUAACCAAGAAGCGAGUACGUUAGAUUGGCACGCCCUAGAGAUUAUCCACGACGAGAGGGACGAGGAGCUUACGACACUCAAACGAAACAAAAACCAAAAGCAGUCGAAUAACGGAGAUCACACGCAGGUGUAAGAGAAGCGCGUUCGCAGUAGUCAUUAAUUGUUCCGAUUGCGAGCAACGUCGUUCGAGAACGGGCCAGGAACGGACGAAGAUGACCGGAGUGAUGGAGAACGACAGAGGAUCGUCGACGAUAUCGGUUCGAACGUAGGGGGUGCGUACGCUUCGGUUUCGCGAUGAGAUUUCAACAGAGGAAGCUGAACGCGCGGGAGCACGGGAUGCAGUGGCAAACGGACAGUAUAAUAAAUAACUAACAAUCGAAUCACUACCACCUGACGAGUAUGGAGUAAGAUACUAAUAAAGAAACAAAGAACGGAGAUAUACGUUAUUUAAUUACCGCGUGCUGAUAACGAAGCGGUGGGGAGACGCGAUUCUCUCGCCGACUUGAGACCGGACAAAUGAAGUAUGAUAAUGUUAUUUAAAAAAAAAAGAAAAAAAAAAUAUGAAAAAUAUGCAAACGAGCUAAAUAGAGAAACAAGAGUUUAAAGUAACGCCCUACCUCGGGAUCAGCGUCUGUUUCCGGGGUUUCGAGGGCGCCACCGAUAGUCGAGGUAACAGGAUAUAAAAAAAAAAAAAAAUUGCUAGUAGAGAAUGAUAAACAGCGUUUAGGGGAGAGCACCGGAACGAGGGGAUUAUCAAUGACGGACGGAGGUGCGGGAGAGAAAGGAAACAGAAAAAAAAAAAACAUUCUUACUUAGGCGAAAUUAAAAAAAGUAAAGGAAAAAAAAGGUAUAAAUUCAUUCUCUUAGUUUUUCAUAGGUUUAAAACAACGCCCAGCGGGACAGCUCGCUAUAAAUCAUUGACCCCCGAACGCAGAACGCCCUGUACCACCAACCCCGCGGUCUGUCGUGCGUGUAUGCAUGUGUGUCUGUCGAGUGUCGAUACAACGCCCCUUCGAAUUUUUUUAGGAGCAACAGAAAACAAACCAAAAGAAAAAAAAAGCGAAGAAAAAAAAACACAAAAAAAAGACAAAAAAAAAUACGAACGAAGGUGACUUAAAAUGCCUGCCACGCGACUUUUCGGGCCGGGACGUUACGAGUAGACGUGCCAUCUAAAAAACCAAAAAAAAAAAAAAAAAAAAAAAAAAACAAGUCGUGGUCUUGUUUCUCGUGCUUCUCUAAGUGUGACACGUACUCUAUCAGUUGUAUCGUUCUCGUCUUACUUUGUCCCUAUAUGCGUUUUAAACCUGGUUACCAGCUUUCACCGCUUCUUGUGCGUGCGCUAGCUACGUCGGUAAAGAAUAUAAGGUGGUUCCGUUUCCCGUGAAGAACGAUAAGCGGGAGCGCAGAUUUCGAAUCGCUCGUCAACGGACUAAAGCAGCCCGGCUGUUCCGGUCGAACGGUUCGAUCUUCGGUUCCCUUCGUUUUCCCACGGGAAUCGAGGCGGACCGUCAAAGAUCUAGGUAGACGAGGGUGACGCUCGCUCGGCGACCCUGGCCCCAAAACUACCCUAAGUGUUCAAAUAAUCGAGGUGUUCUCGAGGUGCAGUGCACGCGUAAACACGUUCUGCCUUCGCCGAUCCCAUCGUGCCUCGAUCUCUGUUCGGGUUGCGAGUUUCCUCCGUCCAGCCCUUCCGAAUGAAUUUUCUCUGUUGUGCGCGCGAUGGGCUGGCCGCGUCGAAACGGUGAACUCGAGGGGGGACCCGAUCGGAUCGGCGAACGACAUUCGAAUCGCUUUCGAGACACGUGGAUCGCCAUUCGGAUCCAGACCGAUAACGUCUUUAGGAGGGAAACGUGAGAGUGCGGAAAAGAAACGGACAGAGGACGGCGGCGGUACCAGUCGCGUUGCUCGUCGAACUCGGAUCAGACCCCCCCGACGAACGGUGAACAAACUUCGAUCGCGUAUAAUACACGUCCCCGGUGAUUUGUUGUUUCUCGAGGAAGAAGAAACGGCGGCGUGAACUUGAAAUCGAUUCUAUCACGGUGCUAGGGUGUUCGGUGCAAGGCUAGCGCCGAUGUUACAAGCGCUCUCUGUGUAACUUUCGAUCGUGGCGCCCCGUUCUAACUGAUAAUACAAAUUAAAGAUAAACGUAACCUAAGGUUUCGAGUUGAAAGUAAUGUGUAUCGUUGUUACGUAACGUCGCCGAACAAAUUACUGUCAAGCAUGAGCAUAAACAUUGUGAAUUCGAGAAUUCUUUGAUCGUUCGAUAAUUUUCUAGCUUUUCCUUUGAUCGCGUUCGUUCGAUUGAUUUUUAAAAGAAGCUGUUCUUCUCCUCUUUCUUCGCGUAAACUGGGACUGUGCAAGGUUGUCUCCCGCGCGCGUUCAAAGAUCCGAUCGUUCCUGUCGCAACGAGAAUCGAACGUAAAGAAUGCGUGGAAAUUCGCAAAGGUAGAUCGGCUCCGGUGGAUCCCUGUGUGUCGAGAUUAGGACGACGAAGCUCGAGUAGAAUUGGGAGAAACGAAUGAGAAACGGGGUGGGGAAGGGAAGGGAUGGGGGCAGUUCGCGAAUCGUGAAAUGGCUCGCAAUCCGGUGCUCCGGGAGCUGGGAUUGGAGGAUCCGUGGUUUGUCGACAGGGUGUUCCGUGCCCGGGGGGCGUAGGAGCCCAAAAAAAAUGCUUUGCCGUCGUGCGCCUCUUUACUUUAGGCUAAUAAUUUAAACAUUAAUAAUAUAAUAAUAAUAAUAAUUAUAAUGUAAUACAUGUUACAAUAAGAUAUUAUUAGAUGUAAUUAUUAUAUAUGGUUUAGUCUAGAUCGUGUUGUUGAAGAAAAAAAAAAAACAAAGUACGUAUAAGCGAACAAAAAAAAAAGAUACGAAGUACGACGACGAAAGAGAGAGCGAGAGAGAGCGAGAGAGUGCGAGAGCGAGCGAGAGUAAAGAAACGAAGAAAAGUGGCGGGGAGAGGAAAUUUUCGGUCUAAGACCAUAAAUCUGCGGCGGACUGAGCGGGACACUGACGGGAAAAUCCGCUUUUUGCUUUCGUACGUGAUCGAUAUAAAUAUAUAUGUAUAUUUUUUUUUUUUCGGGUAGCAACUUCACUUAGGACCUUCGACGCGACGUGCAACUCGCAUCAAGAGUCGCGUGAUCGAUAAACGUAGGUCGCUUUUAUUGGUCGUGGAUCUUUAUCGGAAACAAAAUGUUGCCCAUCUCUGAUCAUAAGAUCCGACGGUGGAUCGGUAUACUUUUAUUUUUCAUUGUUGUAUUCGAUAUCUUUAUAUAUUUUUUCAAUGCUAUUUCAUACACAAAUAGUGACUUGUAUAAAUUCUAUUGUAUUUGUACGUAUUCGAGGAGUGUCCUCUUAACAACAUGGCUGUGUUCGGAGUAACGUGGCUUUGUUUGGAUUCGCUUCGUCUCGUGGAACGAACUAUCGGCCCCCUUUUCUUACACACGGUGUUUUCUUUCUUUUCUCUAUCUCCUUUUUAUCGGACAGAUUCCAUUUCGCGCAUCUGUUAUCGGUUUUCCUCUUAUCCGGGGACUCGUUAAAAAUUAUUACGGUUGAACUUUUAAACUAACUCGUCGUUAGGGAGUUCCCAGUAUUUAUUAUAUAUGUAUAAUUGCUGAAAAGGUCAGAUUUUAAUUAAUAUAUUACGUAUUUUCGUCGUAUCAUAAAGGGACAUCCUUAGUUUCAGCCUCGAAGACUAACCUCUCGGCACCGCGAGUCGCAAAUCUCUUCGUGUUCUGCAAACGAGCGAAUCUCAGUCGCCGAUACCAGAGUUCCGAUUUCUUGUUAAUAAGUUUCUCAUCUAGAUAAAAAGUGUCUUAAACGGAAAAUCUUCUUAUCUGGAUACAAAAUUUUCGAACAAGAAACAAAAAACAGGCAGCUUUCGAUCGAUUCGUUCGAAUGAAGUUUCGUCCUGCCUUUGGUAUCGCGAACCGAUUUUUUUCCCCCGGGGUGAAUAGGCGUGCACGAGCCGUAGAAAAAAAAGUAACUAACGCGUGAAUGUGGGCGAGAGAACGAGUGCUUUCAUACGGGUCCUUCGCCUUUUCGUUUGACCGCGAUCGAAACUCAAUUGGCGAUGUACGAAAAAAAAAAAAAAGAAA